UGGGACAUGGGAAGGGUCGAGAAUCGUCCCAUCGUCAAAAAACACCUUAUUUCUACCUGAUAUCUAGACAACAUUAUUAAACAUAGAUUUUAACUUACCACCUGACACUCACUAGAAACCCGUUUUAUAAUCUUACAAUUAGCCGGAGUCUGUCUGGCCUGGGAGAUUCGGCGAGAUAACCCGUAGAUAUGUAAGAUCACGAAUGCCGGCCAAUAAGCGCCCGAUCCCUUCUAGGCGGACCAAUCUGUCGGAUACGCAACUGCGCCGCAAGGGCUGGACUUCAGAGGGCUUCGAUCUUCGCAAGAGCUAUUUCGUAUCUAACCUAAUUCUACAGAUGCCUAAUCACGUAUCGUCGAAACUAUGGACGCUGUACACUUCGAUAUGUCUUUACUCUCAAGUCCUCCCCUAACAAGCAUGGACUUUCACGACUCUACCUUUUUUCAAACCAGCAUUCCAGGAGCCCCUGUCCCAGAACUCCCGACACCAGCUGCGGUCCUUGAAGCAAGUAGCCAUAGAUCAUCAGCGCGCGGUAUCGUUCGGUUCGAUGAUCUAAACUUGUUUGUUAAGUAUGGGCCGCCUUCAUACGUGCGCGUAGAGGAGGCAUUGGCGCUUCGUGCUGUCAACAAGGCCUUCCCGGACAAGCAAGUCCCUACUCCCGAGCUUUUCGGGUGGAGAGUAGAUGGAGGCAAGAUAUUCAUCUACAUGGGCCUAGUCCAAGGCCCUACCGUUUCACGGAGCUGGGAAACGCUUACUCGGGAGGAUAAGGAGUCAAUUUGUGAACAACUUGGUCAAAUCAUAAAGCACCUACGACGAAUCAUACGUCCGUCGCAUUUCCCUCUUGUAGGCUCUAUCAAUGGCGGCCCUGUUCAAGACUUAUAUUUCCGCGGUAGUGACAAGAGAGGACCAUUUUCCGAUGUUAAAGCCUUUCACGAUACACUACAAGCCGAGGCUAUUCCUCGAAUGCCUGUUUCAGAGAGGCCUCCAGACCCAUAUCGAUGUCUUUUACCCGAUACCGUGGACGUAUAUUUCACUCACGGGGAUCUUAACCUGGGAAAUAUAAUGUUAUCUGACGCGCCAGGGCCUAAGAAAAUCGUGGCGAUCGUGGACUGGGAACAAGCGGGCUGGUAUCCCGAGCAUUGGGAAUACUGUAAGUUACUCCUUGCUGAACCCUGUUCGGGGGAAUGGCGUGUGGAUGGAUGGGCGGACAAAGUUGUAACACCUCGUGAGGAAGAGUUUGAGGCUUUUGGGGAGUAUUGGCAUUGGCGGCAACCAUAAUGCAACCAAGAUGAGUACCCGGAAAGAAAAUAGGUGGAAAAAUAGGAGCUAAGGAUGCUAUAGGCAGGAAGUGGAGGAUCUCUCAUGUCAAAAAGAAAAACCCCCCUACUCGUUAAAGAACUUACAUUUAAGAAGACGACACGGAGCAUAAGCUAUUAUUGAAGCU